AUGAGUAAGCACAACGCAGUUGGAAUCGAUCUCGGAACCACUUACUCCUGUGUCGGAGUUUUUCAACACGGAAAGGUCGAGAUCAUUGCUAACGAUCAAGGAAACAGAACCACUCCAUCGUACGUUGCUUUCACCGACUCUGAACGUCUCAUCGGAGAUGCUGCCAAAAAUCAAGUCGCCAUGAAUCCACACAACACUGUCUUCGACGCAAAACGUCUUAUCGGACGCAAGUUUGACGAUCCAGCUGUUCAAUCCGACAUGAAGCAUUGGCCAUUCAAAGUUAUCUCUGCUGAGGGAGCAAAACCAAAGGUCCAGGUCGAGUACAAGGGAGAGACCAAAAUCUUCACUCCAGAAGAAAUCUCCUCCAUGGUUCUGCUGAAGAUGAAGGAAACCGCCGAGGCUUUCCUCGGAAGCACCGUCAAGGACGCCGUUAUCACCGUACCAGCCUACUUCAACGAUUCGCAGCGUCAAGCUACCAAGGAUGCCGGAGCUAUCUCCGGACUCAACGUUCUUCGUAUCAUCAACGAGCCAACUGCUGCCGCUAUCGCCUACGGACUCGACAAGAAGGGAGCUGGAGAACGCAACGUUCUCAUUUUCGAUCUUGGAGGUGGUACUUUCGAUGUCUCUAUUCUCACUAUUGAGGAUGGAAUUUUCGAGGUCAAGUCUACCGCUGGAGACACUCAUCUUGGAGGAGAAGACUUCGACAACCGCAUGGUUAACCACUUCGUCGCUGAGUUCAAGCGCAAGCACAAGAAGGACCUUGCUUCCAAUCCACGUGCUCUUCGUCGUCUUCGUACUGCUUGCGAGCGCGCAAAGAGAACUCUUUCGUCGUCUUCCCAGGCUUCGAUCGAGAUUGAUUCUCUAUUCGAAGGAAUCGAUUUCUACACCAACAUCACUCGUGCUCGUUUUGAGGAGCUUUGCGCUGAUCUCUUCAGAUCCACCAUGGACCCAGUCGAGAAGUCUCUUCGUGACGCCAAGAUGGACAAGAGUCAAUCGUCCGAACAAUUUCUUCAAAACGAAAAUUGCAUAUUUCAGGUCCACGACAUCGUUCUUGUAGGAGGAUCGACUCGUAUUCCAAAGGUCCAGAAACUUCUUUCUGACCUUUUCUCCGGAAAGGAACUCAACAAGUCUAUCAACCCAGACGAAGCUGUUGCCUACGGAGCCGCUGUCCAAGCUGCUAUUCUCUCCGGAGAUAAGUCGGAGGCUGUUCAAGAUCUUCUUCUUCUCGACGUUGCUCCACUUUCUCUUGGUAUCGAGACUGCUGGAGGAGUCAUGACUGCUCUCAUCAAGAGAAACACCACAAUCCCAACCAAGACCGCUCAGACUUUCACAACCUACUCUGACAACCAACCAGGAGUUUUGAUCCAGGUUUAUGAAGGAGAGCGUGCCAUGACCAAGGACAACAAUUUGCUCGGAAAGUUCGAACUUUCUGGAAUCCCACCAGCACCACGAGGAGUUCCACAAAUUGAGGUUACCUUCGACAUUGAUGCCAACGGAAUCCUUAAUGUCUCCGCCACGGAUAAGUCCACAGGAAAGCAAAACAAGAUCACCAUCACCAAUGACAAAGGAAGACUUUCUAAGGACGACAUCGAGCGCAUGGUCAAUGAAGCUGAAAAGUACAAGGCUGAUGACGAGGCCCAAAAGGAGCGCAUUGGAGCCAAAAACGGACUUGAGUCUUACGCAUUCAACCUUAAGCAGACUAUUGAAGACGAGAAGGUUAGUCUCAAGGACAAGAUCAGUCCAGAAGACAAGAAGAAGGUCGAGGACAAGUGUGACGAGAUUCUUAAGUGGCUUGACAGCAAUCAGACAGCCGAAAAGGAAGAGUUUGAACACCAACAAAAGGACUUGGAACAACUCGCCAACCCAAUCAUUUCCAAACUCUACCAGAGCGCUGGAGGUGCCCCACCAGGAGCCGCCCCUGGAGCCGCUGGAGGAGCCGGAGGACCAACGAUCGAGGAGGUCGACUAA